ACAGACGUUACGGAUACAACCGACCCUACCAGCCCAACAGAACCCCCAACGAUAACUGAUGUACGUCUACCUACUGCUCUUAUUCCAUAUCAUUAUGACGUCACAUUGAGACCAGAACUCUACAACGGAUUACCGGAAACAUUCACUUUUAACGGAUCUGUUCAUAUAUUUCUAAAUUGCAUUAACGCGACCAGGAACAUCACAGUGCAUAUUGGUACUCAGAAUUUAACCCGAGUCCCUACAGUUCAGCUGGUCAACAAGCCGGGUGGAAGGGCGCCAGAUGUGACAGGUACAGCGAGAGAUUAUGAACGAGAAUUUCUUAUCAUUAUGAUGGACACAGAAUUGGUUGCUGGACAACAAUACUCUCUGACCCUAUAUUUUGACGACAAUUUAACUGACAGCCUUAUUGGAAUGUACCUGAGUUCCUACCAAAGUGAAACAGCAAAUGAAACAAUAUAUCUCGCUGUCACACAGUUCCAGCACACCUUCGCUAGGAAUGCGUUCCCGUGCUUUGACGAGCCAGCGUUAAAAGCGACAUUCAGCAUUACCCUAGAAAGACAACCCCAGAUAUUUACAUUAUCUAACAUGCCUCUUAACAGAACAGUGACACUUGAUGAUGGCUACAAGGCUGAUGUAUAUGAUAAAUCCGUAGUCAUGUCCACUUACCUGGUGGCUUUUACAUUUUGUAACUUUCUGAACGUCACGAACAAGACGUCAAACGGCGUGGAGUUCGGAGUCUACUCCCGACCAGAAUAUAUCAAUCAAACUGCGUUUGCUUUAGAGAAAGGAAGCGAAAUGCUGGAUGCUUUUGAGAAAUACUUCAACAUUUCAUUCACUCUUCCAAAAGUCGACAACAUAGCACUACCUGACUUUUACUACGGCGCCAUGGAGAACUGGGGGUUGGUGACGUACAGGGAAUUCUACCUUCUGUACGAGGAGGGUAUGUCGACAACCAGGAACCUGGAGUUAAUCGCCGAAAUCAUUGCUCACGAACUCGCUCAUAUGUGGUUUGGUAAUCUGGUUUCUCCACAGUGGUGGGAUGACUUAUGGCUAAACGAAGGAUUUGCUACCUUUCUCUCCUAUCUUGGAAUGGACAUGGUACUUCCUGAGUGGAAAAUGGAAAGUAUUAUGGAUCUUAUCACCACCUAUGAGGUCCAGGGGGUGAUGGAAGCCGAUAGUCUUGAAACUACGGUACCAAUAUAUCGCAUGGCUUACACACCUACUCAGAUAGAGGACCUGUUUGAUAUCAUUACAUACUCAAAGGGUGCCUCGGUGAUCCGAAUGAUGUGGUUUUUCUUGGGAGAAGAAACGUUUCGGCAAGGCUUAGAGGGCUACUUAAAGGAGCAGGAGUUUGGGAACGUUGCACACGAUGACUUAUGGAGAUCCUUACAGACACAAGCACUUGCUGACGGUAGAACAGGUUUUGAUGUGAAAACGGUGAUGGAUUCGUGGAUCAAACAAAAGAACUUCCCUGUAGUGAACGUAACAAGACAUGCCAGUCAGUUAAAACUCACACAGCAACGUUUCCUGCUCAGAGUAGAUAACACAACGGAUUCAACGGGGUACGGUUGGGAGAUACCAUUUACUUACACUACUAGUCAGGAGAUGGAUUUUAACAAAACCGCUGAUGACGUUAAAUGGAUAAGGCGUAACGAGUCUGAAACUACAAUUUGUUUUGACGCCACCAACAUGUCAGAUGUUGACUGGGUGAUUGGUAAUAUACAACAGUAUGGAUACUAUCGGAUCAAUUACGACAAGGCCAACUGGAGGGCAUUAAUUCAGCAACUCAAAGACAAUCACCAAAAAAUCCACGUCGUCAACAGAGGCGCGUUAAUCAGUGACGCUUGGGCACUCGCUAACGCAGGGCUGAACGAGAUGGAGAUUGCCUGGGACAUGCUGCUCUAUCUCCGUAAUGAGGAAGAAUACAUACCUUGGAGUGUCUCAGUCCGGGAGCUCGAGUACGUGGAUCUGAUGUUGACUGGCCGAGCAGCGUAUGGAAAUUUCGAGCGUUUCAUGGUUCGACAAAUUGAAGGCCGUCCACUCAACGUCUCCGUCAAAGAUGACAGACCAGUCCAAGAAAGAUCACUCAGCAGUCUGAUAUUCAGACUUGCCUGUAAACAUCACGUAACAGACUGCAUACAAUGGUCAGUGGAAAUGUUCCGUGCCUGGAUGACCACGGGUGAACUAAUUCCUCCGGACAUCAAAGGUACAGUGAUGUGUACGGCGGUCCGAGAAGGCGGUGAGGAUGAAUGGAAGUAUGUAUACAAACGGUACCACAACGGCCCGGUGUCAGAGUCGUCCCUCUCUCUGGCUGCCAUGGGCUGCUCAUCCCGGCCUUGGAUCAUCAAUAGGUACUUAGAAUAUACACUUCGUCCUGAUCAGAUCCGGAAACAAGAUGUUCGAAAUGCUAUUCUCUCGGUGAUUAAUAACCCAGUAACGUUCAAUAUGGGCUGGAAGUUCCUCAUGAUGAACUGGAGACGCAUGGUUCUUAAUGAUGAAGUUAACGGGAGCCAUCUGAACACCAUCCUGCUACAAGUUGCACAGCGCAUGUUUACAGACUUCGAACUUAGUCAAAUCCUCCAUCUGAAGAACAACAUCCACCCACAAGAGGUGGAACUGAGUGGAUUCGACAGGGCCAUCGACAGAAUUCAGGUUAACAUGGAAUGGGAGCGACAGUAUUAUCUUAUUGUUGAAAAGUGGCUGUCGACGAACGCUGCACAAAGUUUUUAA